UGUGUUUAGGGCUGCAACGUUAAGUAGGCUUCGAUUUCACAGGAAAAAUUACUUUCCUUGUGUCUCUUCAGGAGCAGGUCCUUUCCGGUUUAUCACUAGCUGAAAAAUGAAGGCCAGCGGUUUGUUGAAGGAAUACAAAGUUGUGGGGCGCAAGCUCCCAUCUGAGAAGGAACCAAAUCCUCCCCUCUACAGAAUGAGGAUUUUUGCCCCUGAUCAUAUUGUGGCUAAAUCACGUUUCUGGUACUUCUUACGUCAGCUCCGUAAAUUCAAGAAGGCUACUGGUGAAAUUGUCAGCUGCCAGAUGGUUCAUGACAAGAGCCCAUUGAAAGUCAAGAACUUUGGCAUUUGGCUGAGAUAUGAUUCUCGCUCUGGAACUCACAACAUGUACCGUGAGUACAGAGACUUGACUGUCUCUGCUGCUGUCACCCAGUGCUAUCGCGAUAUGGGUGCCCGUCAUCGCGCUCGCGCUCAUGCCAUUCAGAUCAUUCGAGUGGAAGAAGUAGCUGCUGACAAAUGUCGCCGCCCACACGUUAAGCAGUUCCACGAUUCUACUAUUAAAUUCCCCCUUCCACACAGGGCCAAUACCGUCGAUAUGCCCGAACUGUCCUACCGCAAACCCAAGACCUACUUCGGUUAAAAUGGGAAAAAUUGUCUUGGAUUGUAUCUGGAAAUCUGGAUAUCCACUCGGCUAUAAAUACAAGAAAGAAUUUGAUAGCCUUGAA